GAGCAGCGCAUGUGUCAGGCUGUGUCAGCUCCCUGGGGAUUGGGCCAUGACUACCCUGGUGUGGUCUCUGCCCUUCCUGCUGCACUGGGCUGUCCUGAGCAGGACCCUGAUCCUUGGCCAAGCCAAGGGCCCCUGUGAGAAGCAAUUCCGCAUCAGGCAGGAAGGGCCAGGGACCGAGGGCCAGGUGGGGAGCCCAGUGCAAGUGGUGAUGGUGUGUGGGGUAGCCGUGGCUGUGAUGUAUGGCCUCAUCAAGGCUGUGGCUUCAGAUCCUGACUUCGAGGAAGAGGAGGAGGCAGAGGAAGCACAGAGUGAGGCCAGCGAGGGCAGCAGCACGGUAGGCAGUGAGGUGGGCAGCAAGGCAGUGGCUGUGCCCCCAAGGCCCGCACAAACACCCAGGAAGGCCAAGGAGAAACACCUGCGAAGGCUGAAUCAGAUGGAGAGGGAGCUGCAGGGCUUCCUGAAUGAGCUGCGGAGGCGCAGGGAGGCGCUGGAAACUCCGGGGAUGCAGGGGACUUGGGGGGCGCAGGGAGAGGAGAUUUCCCCCCCAGAGUGGGACCUGGACAAGCUGCGCGUCACUGUCUAUGAGAUCUCAGAGGACUCUGACUAAGAAGCGGCCAGUCUCCGGCCAGGCUGGAUCGCGCGGCGCCGGGAUGCCUGUGCAGCGCUAGCCCGGAGCCGGCUCGCAAGGUACCUCUCUGUCUAGCUCAAUGACUUACUUUGACUGAAGCAUUUCAGUCCUCACAAGACCAACCUGUUGUGAGCCCCAGGGAGAGAACAGGAGAGAUCCAGGUGUCAUUCGUGUCCAUGGGCCCUGUGGCUGCAGGGAAUUGGUGAGGACGGACCCCGCCUUUUCCCAGCAAUGCGGAGCCCCAGCUCACUCCCUGUCGGGCUCCGCAGGGAAAGGAGAUGCCACCCACAGUCGGUCUGAACUGAACUCUGAAUUGGAGUACCCCAGGGAGACAAUCUAGUGGGAUCAGCCAUGGAGGGGCUCAAUGGCAUCAAGGCCUGUCCUAAAGGUGUCUCUCAAGCCCUGGCUCAGGGCGGACAGGACUGCCCUGUUCCCUGUGGGGCAGAGGGUGCCCCAGGGAACCCUGAAUGGAGAGGGGAGCCAGUCCAGGGCUCAGGGCUCCCCAUGGAUAUGAGAGUGGAGGGACAGGCCCUGAAGAGGGCAAAGGCAUCUCCUGAGGAGGUCUCUCCAGGAGUCCCGGCCCCAUCCCCUCAUGGAACCAAAGGGAAUGAGGGUCCCCUGGAGGCCCCCAAGCUCCAGCAUCUGGCUACAAGGGGACUUGGCCAUGGCCACGAUCGCUCCAUCUCCAGCUCCUCUACCUGCUCCUCCUUCGAGUCCUCGCAGGAGUCGGACGAGGUCUUCAGUGAGGAAGAGGAGAGAGGGCAGUCUGGGAGGAGGAAGAUGCUGAAGAAGACCAAGUCAUGGAAGACAUUUUUCACCAUGGUGCACUGGUCUCUGCGGCGGCACAGCUCCUGGGUGCAGCUGGCGGGGCAUGAAGGUAACUUCAAGCCUAGUGAGGGGGGCCAGAUCCUGAAGAAGUUCAGCACUGUCGAGAGCGCCUGCCUGGAGGCACUGAUGGGGGAUGCCCUGCGGCCAUAUGUGCCUGCCUACCAUGGCGUGGUGGUGAAGGAGGGCGAGUGCUACAUCCAGAUGGACGACCUGCUGCGUGGCCUCGACACACCCAGCAUCAUGGACUGCAAGAUGGGGGUGAGGACAUACCUGGAGGAAGAGCUGACCAAGGCCCUGCUGAAGCCAACCCCCCGCAAGGACAUGUACCAGAAGAUGGUGAAGGUGGAUCCCAGCGCUGCUACGGCCGAGGAGCACAGCCAGGGGGCGGUCACCAAGCCCCGCUAUAUGCAAUGGCGCGAGCACAUCAGCUCCACUGCCUCCCUGGGCUUCCGCAUUGAGGGUGUGACAAUAGAGGGUGGAGCUGUGCAGAAGGAUUUCAAGCAGACCCGGACCCAAGAGCAGAUCAUUGACACCUUCCUGACUUUUACCAAGAGACGGGAAAGCAUCUUGAGAGCCUACCACAGCCGCCUGGAGAGCAUGCGGAGCACGCUGCAGGAAUCAACCUUUUUCCGCACCCAUGAAGUCAUCGGGAGCUCCCUGCUCUUUGUCCACGAUCGCCAGGGCCGGGCCAACGUGUGGAUGAUCGACUUUGGCAAAACGCUGCCGGCACCCCCCCAGCUGGCCUUGCGGCACAAUGUGCCAUGGACCCAGGGCAGCCAUGAAGACGGCUACCUGAUUGGAUUGCACCACCUCACCCACACCCUGCAGGCUGCAUGGCAGAGGCUGGGGUUGGAGGAAGUGCCUGCCCCCAGUGAGCCCUGAGGCUGGAACACCACAAUGCCCUUUGCAGUGGGCAACCGCCUUUGGACCAGAGCUGCUCUCACCAUGAGCCUUAAGUUGUGGGACUUUGUGAAACUCCACCUGGAUGUGACUCACCCAUCUCCUCUCUAGGGCCACUGCACAGGCGCUGGGUGCAACUAGAUGGACGCCCAGGCCCCUACUGCAUCUCCACUGGCAGUAAGGGGCUCGAGCUCAGUGGGGCUUUCCUCUAUAGAACACCAGGAAAACCAGGAUGCAGUGUAGCCAGCAGCCCAGCCUCAGAAAUUGGGGACUCAGAUCUCAGGCAGAUAGGCCAAGGGCUCCAUGCCUAGACUCAUGCCAUUAACUCCUAACAGCCAGCACCAGGAGAGGAUUCAGUAUUGGCCCUGCUUCCACUGGUAGUCAGCCCAGGCUCACCUUUAGUAGCAGUUAACCUCCAAGGGGGAGGGGGGAGAGGGGAGAGCAGGAGAAGUCUAACAGCCUCUUGGACACCUGGAAUGGGAAGGAGAUUCUCUGCUGCCCAGGCAGCCCUGAGGCUAUGCCAUUCUGAGCUGCCCUUAUUAGCCUCCCCUGUAAUGGAGCUUGAACUGGAUACAAAGAACCAGGUUCUGCUUUGUGCGGCUAAAUAGCUCCCACACCCCUCCGCACCAGGCAAGAAGUCCCUGUACAAACAGUUCCUGUGCCCCACCACAAAGGUAAUUGCAUCUCAUGGCGAGGGGAGGAGGGGCGGACACAUACAAAUAGGGUAGGGUGGGGGUAGAAUUUGGCUAAGAACCAAACUGGAACAAUGAAACCCCCUGGCUGGUAGCUGGGAGCAUCCUGUGCUGCUCCCCUUUCAGGGAAUGAAAAUAGAUUUAAAUUUAAGCCCCAGCAAAUUCUGUGACUCCAGGAAGGAGAGAGAGAUUCUAAUUUUCCUCAAGUCACUUCUUCAGUCACAGCAGGAGAGGUCACACGCGCCACGGGAGGAAAUUAGUGAGGUGUCAAUCCAGCCAAGUGGGUGCUGAUCACUGAACCACCAGACCUAGAGUUGGUACCCCCAGGGGAAGUGCCAAGAGCCCUGGGGAGCAGGACUGGCACAUCCCCAUGCCCCUGAGGUGCUGUGAUACCGAUCAGGGAGAUGGGGCAGGUGACCCCAAACAGGGAGGUUUCACACCUCAAGCCCAGCUUUGCUGCAGCAACAUCUUAAUAAAACCUGAGUGUAUCUUAACCCA